CGUGUGUACAUCUAUAACGUACAUGCAGUGUAGCAGAGUUCUGUAUGCUUCCAUGUCACACGGUCACAGGAACGCGAGAGAAGUGGCGAUUUUCGUACAGGCAAAAAGAGUCACUUUGCUAAUAUCGAGCGAGUGUGCUGAAAAUGGUAAAAGAUUUUUCUUCCUCAUGUGAAGGCAUCGUUUGAUCGGAAAAUUUGUCUGCUCUACUCACGGAAAACUGUCGCAAAAGUUUAGGUUUAUUGGAAAUUUAAGCCUACGGAUUACUUGUGAUAUUUCCUGGAAACACGUAACGUCCGGACUUCCUUUUACAUCGUGCUAGGAGCUCGCUCUCCUGGACAGUAAGCUUCUAGCCAUGACGACUGACAUUUCAGUAGUGCGAUGGGAUCCCAGUCAGGGCCCAGGGCAGGAGUAUAUUGACGAAUACGAAUACGACGGAGGCAACUCCAGUUCACGCCUUUUCGAGCGAUCACGAAUCAAAGCUUUAGCGGAGGAACGUGAAAGUGUCCAGAAAAAGACAUUCACAAAAUGGGUUAAUUCGCAUUUAGUGCGAGUCAAUAGCCGAAUAGGUGAUUUGUACGUCGACAUGCGAGAUGGUAAAAACCUCAUCAAACUAUUGGAAGUAUUAUCUGGCGAACGGUUGCCGCGCCCCACAAAGGGCAAGAUGCGAAUUCACUGCCUCGAGAAUGUAGAUAAGGCUCUGCAGUUCCUCCGGGACCAACGGGUCCAUCUGGAGAACAUUGGUUCUCACGAUAUCGUAGAUGGCAAUGCCAGUCUAAACUUGGGUCUGAUAUGGACUAUCAUUCUGCGAUUCCAGAUCCAAGACAUAACAAUCGAAGAAACCGACAACAAAGAGACAAAAUCCGCCAAGGACGCAUUGUUGUUAUGGUGUCAGAUGAAGACCGCCGGCUACCAUAAUGUCAAUGUGCGUAAUUUUACUACCUCCUGGCGAGAUGGUCUUGCCUUUAACGCAAUCAUUCACAAACAUCGUCCGGAUUUAAUCCAGUUCGACAAACUGACGAAGAUCAACUCCAUUCAGAACUUGAACAAUGCGUUCAACGUAGCUGAGGAAAAGCUUGGUCUGACCAAGCUGCUGGAUGCCGAAGAUGUUUUCGUAGAUCAUCCGGAUGAAAAGUCUAUAAUCACCUACGUUGUAACGUACUAUCACUACUUCAGCAAACUGAAGCAAGAGACUGUACAAGGUAAGCGUAUCGGAAAGGUGGUUGGUAUUGCCAUGGACAACGAUCGAAUGAUCAACGAGUACGAAUCGUUGACGAGUGAGUUACUGAAGUGGAUUGAAGUGACGAUCGUUCAACUUGGUGAUCGGCAAUUUGCCAACUCCCUGGUCGGUGUCCAACAGCAGUUGGGGCAGUUCUCCAACUACCGUACGGUUGAAAAGCCACCUAAAUUUGUGGAAAAAGGUAACCUGGAAGUUCUUCUGUUUACGUUGCAAUCAAAGAUGAGAGCAAACAAUCAAAAGCCCUAUACACCUAAGGAAGGUAAAAUGAUUUCCGAUAUUAACAAAGCAUGGGAGCGCCUCGAGAAAGCAGAACACGAACGAGAACUAGCGCUUCGCGAAGAGUUGAUCCGUCAGGAGAAGCUUGAACAACUUGCCGCACGAUUCAACCGUAAAGCAACGAUGAGAGAAACUUGGCUUUCGGAGAAUCAACGCUUGGUUAGCACGGAUAACUUCGGGUUUGAUUUGGCCGCCGUGGAAGCUGCUGCUAAGAAACAUGAAGCAAUCGAGACCGAUAUCUUUGCGUACGAAGAACGUGUGCAAGCCGUAGUUGCUGUUUGCAAUGAGCUAGAGGCUGAAAAGUACCACGAUAUUGAAAGAAUUGCAGCCCGCAAAGAAAAUGUUUUGCGUCUGUGGAAUUAUCUACUGGAGUUGCUAAGAGCCAGACGAAUGCGGCUGGAAUUCUCCAUUCAACUACAGCAGAACUUCCAGGAGAUGAUCUACAUCCUCGAUUCCAUGGAAGAAAUCAAACAACGCUUGUUGACCGACGAUUAUGGCAAGCACUUGAUGGGCGUAGAAGAUUUGCUGCAGAAACAUUCACUCGUGGAAGCCGAUAUCAACGUGUUGGGUGAGCGCGUUAAGCAAGUUGUACAAAAUUCGCAGAAAUUCCUUGGUGAUGAGGAAGGUGGGUACAAACCUUGCGAUCCAGCCAUCAUUGUUGACCGCGUACAGCGUCUAGAAGAUGCCUAUGCUGAGCUAUGUAAACUGGCUGUUGAGCGUCGUUCUCGAUUGGAGGAAAGCCGCAAACUGUGGCAGUUCUAUUGGGAUAUGGCCGAUGAGGAGAACUGGAUCAAGGAAAAGGAACAAAUUGUGUCUGUUGACGAGAUUGGUCACGAUUUGACAACAGUUAACUUGUUGCUGUCUAAGCAUAAUGCUUUGGAGAAGGAAAUCAAUAACCACGAACAGCAGUUGAUGUCCGUCAGCACCGUUGGAGAUGAGUUGGUCCGACAGGGACAUUUCGGAGCAGACCGUAUCGAUGAACGUCUGAAGGAAAUCUUAGCGAUGUGGAAUAACCUUCUGGAUUUGACCGUGUCUCGGCGUAAGCGUCUCGAGAAUGCCGUCGAUUACUUCCAACUGUUUGCCGAUGCUGAUGAUAUUGACAACUUGAUGCUUGAUGCAUUGCGUCUUGUUUCUUCCGAAGAUGUCGGUCGUGACGAAGCAAACGUUCAAAGCUUGUUGAAGAAACACAAGGAUGUUGCGGAUGAGCUGAAGAACUAUGCUGAGAAUAUUGAACAACUGCAUGGCCAGGCCAAGAAUCUAAUUCUGACCGAAGCGGAACAACAGAAAGUUCAGGAACGUCUUGCCGCGAUUGAUGCCCGCUACAAAGAACUCAUGGAACUGGCGAAACUGCGGAAGCAGCGUUUGCUGGAUGCUCUCAGCCUGUACAAACUCAUCUCCGAGAGCGAUGGCGUAGAGCAAUGGAUAAGCGAGAAGGAGCGCAUGCUGCAGACGAUGGUACCUGGAAAGGACAUCGAAGAUGUGGAAAUCAUGAAGCACCGUUACGAUGGAUUCGACAAGGAGAUGAAUGCCAACGCUUCUCGAGUAGCAGUUGUCAAUCAGCUCGCUCGGCAGUUGCUGCACGUUGAACACCCCAACUCGGAAGAAAUCAUCGAAAAGCAGAACCAUUUGAACCAUAGCUGGUCCAAACUACGUGAACAAGCUGAAAGCAAGCGUGAUGAUCUCAAGUCUGCCCAUGGCGUGCAAACGUUCUACAUUGAAUGUCGUGAGACAAUCUCCUGGAUCGAAGACAAGAAACGCAUUCUUACAGACACUGAUAGUCUUCAAAUGGAUCUGACAGGUGUUAUGACAUUACAGCGUCGUCUGAGUGGCAUGGAGCGUGAUCUUGCCGCUAUUCAAGCUAAAUUGACUGCUCUGGAGAGUGAAGCAGAUGCCAUCGAAGGCGAACAUCCGGAGGAGGCUGCAUUGAUUCGUGAAAGGAUUUCCCAGAUUCAGGUCAUUUGGGAGCAGCUCACACAGAUGUUGAAGGAGCGUGACUCAAAACUUGAGGAAGCCGGAGAUCUUCAUCGCUUCCUACGAGAUUUGGAUCACUUCCAGGCUUGGUUGACCAAAACACAGACUGAUGUUGCUUCUGAAGAUACGCCGACAUCACUCCCAGAAGCUGAGAAACUGUUGAACCAACACCAGAGCAUCCGCGAAGAAAUUGACAACUAUACCGAGGACUAUACAAAGAUGAUGGAGUAUGGCGAGGGAUUAACAUCGGAACCAACUCAAACCGAAGAUCCACAGUAUAUGUUCUUACGUGAACGUCUGAAGGCAUUGAAAGAUGGCUGGGAAGAUUUGCACCAAAUGUGGGAGAACCGUCAGGUACUGUUGUCUCAAAGUUUGGAUCAACAGUUGUUCAACCGUGAUGCACGUCAAGCUGAAGUUUUGCUUAGUCAACAAGAGCAUGUCCUUAGCAAGGAUGACACUCCAGUUAAUCUAGAACAAGCGGAAAAUCAGCUGAAGCGCCAUGAGGCAUUCCUCACUACUAUGGAAGCUAAUGACGAAAAAAUCAAUACGAUCGUUCAAGUUGCCGAACAGCUCGCUGAAAAACAACACUUUGAUUCAGAGAAGAUCGGAAAACGUGCUGAAAGCAUUGCCCAUCGUCGCGAUGAUAACCGCAACCGCGCGAUUGAACUGCAUGAGAAGCUGAAGAACCAAGUCAAGCUGCAUGAGUUCUUACAGGACAUUGAAGAGUUGACAGAGUGGGUGCAAGAAAAGUACAUUACCGCUCAAGAUGAUACAUACCGUAGCGCCAAGACUGUCCACAGCAAGUGGACUCGCCAUCAAGCAUUUGAAGCGGAAAUUGCUGCCAAUAAGGAACGACUCCAUGAAGCCCAGAAAGCCGCCCAAGAACUUAUGGUUGAAAAGCCAGAGUUCAAAGAAAUCAUCGAACCAAAACUGCAAGACUUGGCUAAGAACUUUGACGAACUUGAAACCAGUACGAAAGAGAAGGGAGCUCUUCUGUUCGAUGCUAAGCGUGAAGUUAUUGUUCAGCAAAGUGUUGAUGAUAUUGAUUCAUGGAUGGACGAUUUGGAGAAACAAAUCAUCAACACUGAUACGGGUAAUGAUCUAACCUCGGUGAAUAUAUUGAUGCAGAAACAACAGGUCAUUCAAACACAAAUGGCAGUUAAGGCUCGUCAAGUCGAGGAACUUGAAAAACAAACCGAAGUUCUUACAAAGACCGCUCCUCAGGACGUUGUUGAGCCGAUUGUAGAGAAGAAGACAGCAGUAAAUGCACGUUUCGAAAAGAUCAAGGCACCUCUGCUCGAACGGCAGCGUCAACUUGAGAAAAAGAAGGAAGCCUUCCAGUUCCGUCGCGAUGUCGAGGAAGAGAAGCUGUGGAUCGAUGAAAAGAUGCCACUGGCCAAUUCUGAGGAAUAUGGAAAUUCACUGUUCAACGUGCAUGUGUUGAAAAAGAAACAUCAGUCGCUGAAUACCGAAAUCGAUAAUCACGAGCCAAGAAUUAUGACCAUUUGUAACAAUGGUCAAAAGCUGAUUGACGAAGGACAUGAAGAUGCUUCGCAAUAUGCCGAUUUGAUCAGCCAGUUGACUCAGAAAUGGCAGGAAUUGAAAGAUGCCAUUGAUAAUCGUCACAAGCAAUUGGAUCAAUCAGAGAAGGUACAGCAGUACUUCUUCGAUGCGGCUGAAGCUGAAUCAUGGAUGAGUGAACAGGAACUAUACAUGAUGGUGGAGGAUCGCGGAAAGGAUGAAAUUUCAGCACAAAAUCUGAUGAAGAAACAUGAAACAUUGGAACAAUCAGUGGAAGAUUAUGCCGACACUAUCAGACAGUUGGGAGAAACUGCACGACAGUUGACCGCAGAACAGCAUGCUUACAGCGAUCAGGUGUCGGUUAAGCAGUCUCAGUUGGACAAAUUGUAUGCCGGAUUGAAGGAUUUGGCCGGAGAACGCCGCGCUCGUUUGGAUGAAGCACUACAGCUGUUCAUGCUGAAUCGUGAAGUCGAUGAUCUUGAGCAAUGGAUUGCCGAGCGUGAAUUGGUUGCUGGAUCGCACGAACUUGGUCAAGAUUAUGAUCAUAUUACACUGCUGUGGGAACGAUUUAACGAAUUUGCCCAAGACACCGCUGCCGUUGGAAGCGAACGAGUGGCUAAGGCGAAUGGUAUUGCUGACGAUUUAAUUCAUGCUGGACAUUCGGAUAGCGCAACGAUAGCCGAAUGGAAGGAUGGUCUCAACGAGUCUUGGCAAGAUUUGCUGGAACUGAUCGAAACCAGGAAAGCAAUGCUGGCUGCAUCUCGUGAGCUGCACAAAUUCUUCCACGAUUGUAAGGACGUUUUGGGACGUAUCAUCGAAAAACAACAUGGCGUGUCAGAUGAACUUGGACGUGAUGCUGGAUCGGUCUCCGCGCUACAACGUAAGCACCAGAACUUCAUUCAGGACCUCAUGACGCUGCACUCGCAAGUUCAACAGAUUCAGGAGGAAUCCUCCAAACUCCAGGCAGCUUACGCAGGCGAAAAGGCACGUGAAAUUACUAACCGUGAGCAUGAGGUACUCGCUGCCUGGGCCAACCUGCAGGGAAUGUGUGAUGCUCGUAAGAACAAACUGGCGGACACCGGAGAUUUGUUCAAGUUCUUCAAUAUGGUCCGUACGCUAAUGCUCUGGAUGGAAGAUGUAGUACGACAAAUGAACACCUCGGAAAAACCUCGUGAUGUAUCCGGAGUGGAGCUCCUAAUGAACAAUCAUCAAAGUCUAAAGGCAGAAAUUGACACCCGCGAAGAUAACUUCUCUGUAUGUUUGGCACUUGGCAAGGAACUUUUGGCGAGAAAUCACUACGCCUCGGCAGAUAUCAAGGAGCGCCUGCUACAGUUAACCAAUAGUAGAAAUGCUCUUCUGCAUCGGUGGGAGGAACGUUGGGAGAACCUACAGCUAAUCUUGGAGGUAUACCAAUUCGCCCGCGAUGCGGCUGUCGCUGAGGCCUGGUUGAUAGCACAAGAACCAUAUCUGAUGUCAACGGAACUCGGACACACGAUUGACGAGGUCGAAAACCUAAUCAAGAAGCAUGAGGCAUUCGAAAAAUCUGCUGCAGCACAGGAAGAACGUUUCAGCGCUUUGGAGCGAUUGACAACGUUUGAGCUCAAGGAAAUGAAACGUCGCCAGGAGGCUGCAGAAGAGGCAGAACGUCAGCGUCUACAAGCAGAAGCUGAAGCUAGGGCCGCAGCGGAAGCCGAAGCCGAAGCAGCACGCCAAGCCGAGGCAGCAUCACGUGAUGCAGCCGAUGCACCAGGCUCUCCACAUUCCACAAAGGAGCAAGAAUCAGUGCAUGCAAAAUCUAAAAUGGGCACAGAAGUUUGGAGAGGUGCUAAGGUAGAACAAACUCAGAGACCCUCAAGCUCAAGGACUGGUACAUUGCCCAAGUACCCAUCUACCGGCACCGAUACACCCAGCACCAGCACAAGGAGGCACUCAGCGACACCCAAAGAGCGUUCCGCCAGCACAGCCAGUGCCUCAGCAUCCAAAGUUAGCCGAAGAUCUCGUUCCAAGAGUCCAUUCCGGAGUUUCCGCUGGAAACGGGGAACCUCCAAGGCAGAAGUAUCGGAUGAUGAAGGAGAUCGCCCGAGCCCAGGAGGAGCCGACGAAGGCGCACAAGAAGGUAUUCUUACCCGGAAACACGAAUGGGAAAGCACCACCAAGAAGGCCUCCAAUCGAUCGUGGGAUAAGGUUUACUCCGUUGCUCGGAAUGGUCGUUUGACGUUCUUCAAGGACCAGAAAACAUCAAAGGCUGUUCCAGAACAAACGUUCCGUGGGGAUCCAUCACUAGAGCUGAAGGGAGCUCAAAUUGAAGUCGCCACUGAUUACACCAAGAAGAAGCAUGUGUUCAGAAUAAAGUUGUCCAACGGAGGAGAAUUCCUGCUGCAGUGUCACGAUGACGCCGACAUGAACCAAUGGGUAACUGCUUUGAAAGCCCAAUGCGAGCUUGACGCUAGCGGUGAAGGCCGUUCCUUAACGUUGCCAGCUUCAUCACAGAAAGAUGAACAAAAGAGACGGUCAUUCUUUACACUGAAGAAAAAUUAAAAUCUUUACAAAAACAUACAUGAUCCGAUAUCGACACAUCUAAGCAAAAACGAUUGCGAUAAAACAAAAAAAAAAAAACGUUCUAAACCCAAUUGGACAACCUUCUUCUGUUUUAAUUAGUUGUUAGUGAUUUUAAGUACGUACUGUCAACUAAAAGUGAAAAAUAAAAUUGAAACGGAAAUUAACUAUGUUCAAUGUAGAAACGAAAACAGAAAUGGCUAUAAACGCAACACCAGUGUGGUGGGGUUACUCAUUGUUGACUAACAUUCUUCAGUUUCGAUACUCUGUCUGUCAGGAAGAACUAAUGUUUAGCCACGUUUAAUAUAUCUCAGCUUAGUCCAGUGAAUAACAACAGCAGCGCACGUAGCAAAUAGAUACACAGAGGGAGAAAAUGGCAUUGUGUACAAUCCAGGUGAUUCUGGUUUUUGGGAGAUUCAUCUACUACAAGUUUCAUCAACAAUCAUCACAACUCAUUAUCGAGAGCAAACAACACAAUUUUUAUCGUAAGAUUUUCGCAACAAAUGGCAGCGUCUUCGCAAUAACAGCUAGAGAAAAAAUAACUAUAAAUCAAGUAAGAAGUGUAUUGUUUAAAUAGGAAAUCAACGUUGUCGAAUUAAGACCAUUUAAACAAGGUAAAACGCUCCGCUAAAGCUGAUUUGGAACCAAAUUGAGAAAUCCUACACAUUUAAGAACCUGACGACGGAUAAUUUUAACAACAAUGUGUAUAGAAAAAGUAUCUAUAUAAUAAAUAUUUAUUUAUUUUAUCCUAGCCGAUGAAUACCGUGAAAUCAGCGACAAAACUCUUUAAACCCUACAAAGUCUUCGAUUUCGUUUCGUGAGAAAAGAAAUUGCAAGAACAAACCAGCGUGGAAAGGAAAUAUGGUGAGGCCAGUCGAUGAAGCACAUAGUGUAGAAAACCUGAUUUCUUUAUUUUCGUAAACAAAGUUCAAGAAAUGAGGAUUUAGUGUAGUAUUCCAGUCAGCAAUGGCCAAAAGUAUAAUAAACGCAAAAUUUAAAUUCUAGCUUUCUUUUUUGUUUGUAUUUUGGAUUACACCAAUAUCGAAAUACCAGAUGUUUUGCGAUGAACUCUUUUAAUACCUACUACCUUACCUAUAUCGUGUUUUUAUUUCAUUACGCUUGCCGAAAUACAAAUAUAGUGUGAAAGAAUUCGCUUUAUCGUGAGGGCUAGGUGUGUGUGCUUUCCAUUAUAAUGAUAAUAAUGCAGCACAAAGAUUACAACUAUGUGACAAAGAAAAGGUACCACGAAACAACCGGUUAGAACAGAACCGUUUUCAACCAUUGGAGGAGUUUGAUUGGGUUUUCAGAGGCGAAAAGGCAAAAACCUUCCUAUUUUUUUUUAUCAAUUAAAGAAGAUAAACGUUAUAAAGAAGCUACAGAAUUUUAUUCAAACUUUCGAAUUUUAUUUCGUCUAGUUUGUAAGCUUACCAUGAAGGGGAAAUAGUUGAUAGCUGUUUAUAGCGAUAAAAAUAAACCGGCCGAUGGCAUUCUUUUGAAGCGCAGAGCAGCUGAACGACGAAGUACUGAAAAGUUCUUGUUGAAACUUGAAUAUCGGCCGUUUAUUCGUUAAUAUAAGAGCAUUAUUAUAUGGAAAAAUUGUCAUUGCAAUAUUAUACAAAAUAAAAACAAUUUCAACGUUUCGACAGAAAGAUACAAUUAUUUUAAUGAAAAAUGGUAAGAAUAAAAUAAUCAUCGUUUUGUUUAUUUUUAGGCCUUACAUUAUUUAUUUUUUCUUUUUUAUUAAGAAUGUUCUAAAGGCAAAUGGAAACCGCGUUAGAGAGAAAGAAAAGCAAAACAAAAUAUUAGAGCGCUAUGUAAAAGCAAAUUUGUUUAUACAAAAAGUAUAUAAAUCAAUCAAGUAUAUUUUUAAACUGCCAGCUUGUGAGUAAACAACAAAAAAAUAAACGUAUAAAAUAACUAUUA